UUGGGCGCAAAGCACCUGCUGAUUCCACCCUUUGCCUGGCAUAUAUGUCUUUUGGUCCUGGCUGGGAAUUGCCACCUCCCCCUGGGCCAGCACCACUAACGUGCCUCUCAGCAGAGGCCACAGUUGACUGACUUGCUGUUGAGCUGCCGCUCUUUGGCAUGGCUGCAUAUUGACGGCAGAGGGAACAGUUAUGCCCAGAGCCCAGUGUGUCGGCAUCACCAGUCUGACCUGAGCACCGUGUGCUGCACAACGUGACACGUGGCACUGGGAGAACUGCCCAGCGUGGAAGGUCUGGGCCAGGUCUGAGCUCAGAUGGGACCUGGAUAGCCAAGGAACUCGCAUCUUAAAACCUCAGAUUCUCAGGGGCUGCUAGAUUCAUCUCUGAUGGCAUCAGGCACUGCCAGCCGCUCAGAGGAUGAGGAAUCACUGGCGGGGCAGAAGCGGGCCUCCUCACAGGCCUUGGGCACCAUCCCUAAACGGAGAAGCUCCUCCAGGUUCAUCAAGAGGAAGAAGUUUGAUGAUGAGUUGGUGGAGAGCAGCCUGGCUAAAUCCUCUACCCGGGCAAAGGGGGCCAGUGGGGUGGAACCAGGGCGCUGUUCUGGGAGUGAACCCUCCUCCAGUGAGAAGAAGAAGGUGUCCAAGGCCCCCAGCACUCCUGUGCCGCCCAGCCCAGCCCCAGCUCCCGGACUCACCAAGCGUGUGAAGAAGAGCAAACAGCCACUUCAGGUGACCAAGGAUCUGGGCCGCUGGAAGCCUGCAGAUGAUCUCCUGCUCAUCAAUGCUGUGUUGCAGACCAAUGACCUGACAUCUGUCCACCUGGGUGUGAAGUUCAGCUGCCGCUUCACCCUUCGGGAAGUCCAGGAGCGCUGGUACGCCCUGCUCUACGAUCCUGUCAUCUCCAAGCUAGCCUGCCAGGCCAUGAGGCAGCUGCACCCAGAGGCCAUUGCUGCCAUCCAGAGCAAGGCCCUGUUUAGCAAGGCUGAGGAACAGCUGCUGAGCAAAGUGGGAUCGACCAGCCAGCCCACCUUGGAGACCUUCCAGAACCUGCUGCACAGACACCCCGAUGCCUUCUACCUGGCGCGUACUGCCAAGGCUCUGCAGACCCACUGGCAGCUCAUGAAGCAGUAUUACCUCCUGGAGGACCAGACAGUGCAGCCGCUGCCCAAGGGGGACCAAGUGCUGAACUUCUCCGACGCAGAGGACCUGAUUGAUGACAGUAAGCUCAAGGACAUGCGAGAUGAGGUCCUGGAACAUGAGCUGACAGUGGCUGACCGGCGCCAGAAGCGAGAGAUUCGGCAGCUGGAACAGGAGCUGCAUAAAUGGCAGGUGCUAGUAGAUAGCAUCACAGGCAUGAGCUCUCCGGACUUCGACAACCAGACGCUGGCAGUGCUGCGGGGCCGCAUGGUGCGGUACCUGAUGCGCUCCCGAGAGAUCACCCUGGGCAGAGCAACCAAGGAUAACCAGAUUGAUGUAGACCUGUCUUUGGAGGGUCCAGCCUGGAAGAUCUCCAGAAAGCAAGGUGUCAUCAAGCUGAAAAACAAUGGGGAUUUCUUCAUUGCCAAUGAGGGUCGGCGGCCCAUCUACAUCGAUGGACGGCCCGUGCUGUGUGGCUCCAAAUGGCGCCUCAGCAACAACUCGGUGGUGGAGAUUGCCAGCCUGCGAUUCGUGUUCCUCAUCAACCAGGACCUCAUUGCCCUUAUCCGAGCGGAGGCUGCCAAGAUCGCGCCACAGUGAGGCAUGGUGGCAGAACUGUGGCCUGUUUCCCCUGCCAUGCUAGCUCCCUGGAGCUGGGAACUAGGCUCCUGGAAAAACAAGAGUAGGCAGCAGGAGCCCCAACUGACGGCCCAUUGAUCUGAGCCUCUGUGGGGAGGGGCUGGGACCCUGUGGCUUCCUUAGAGCCAGAGCCCCUCCCCAUCUCUGAAAAACCACCCUCCCUCCUACCCUCAGAUCCCCACCUUCACCCCUUUGUCUCCAGCUGAUUAGCUUCAGACUUCCCCUUUAUUUUUCUUUUGUAAAUAAAAAGCACUGAGUUCCAAAGUA